AUGGCACGAAACCGCAAAGAAAAGGAUCCUAAGAUCAAGUUGAAGAAGCCCGAUCGAUCAGGACCGGAUCCAUCACAGGAGACACUCCUCCAACUGGCAGAUCAGCGUGGGCUUCUGAAUAUCCCCCAGGCCAUUGGGAAAGACAAGGCUGAACCGGCAGAGGACGAAGAACCCCUCAUCGGAAGGCUGUCAGAGUCGAUAUUCUGGAGUAUCAGUCUCACCAUGCUGCACUUUACCAUGGAUGUUUUGGUUGCACGUCAAUUUGCUGUCGAGAUGGAGUGGGACAAUUUGAUGACUAGGUCUGCCCAGGCUUUUCCAGUAUUCCUCUUUCUCAUCUAUUCCCUACAUCCCCACCCGUCGCCGCCAGUCCUCCUCCCGCGUCUACCAUCACAAAUACAGCAUAUCCUUCACCAGAGUUUCUUCUUUAUAGGCAGUAUAUCUGCCGGAAGCUAUCUCAUACAUAUCACAAACACGUAUGACUAUUACGCGGUCAUGAAACAAGCUCCUCCGAUGGGAUGUCUUUGGAUAUGGGCCGUCAUUGAGCUAGAUUUGGUGUGGGCGUGUGGGAGUUUGCUUUGUUGUAUUGCUUUCCUGAAAUUAGGGAAUUACAAUUUCCUGUAA